AUGAAUGGUCUAGAUGCACUGCAACUGAACAGUGUUCCUGGAUCGGCCGAGAAGAGCGAGCUGUCGGCCAUUCUUGAGCGAAUACCGGUUCAUUGCCAACAACUCCAAGUUCUCGUCAAGAGUCCAACCGUCGGCAAAUCGGCGACGUUUGGAAAGGUAGACUCGGUGAUCCAAGAAACUAAAAACCUGAUGAAUGAGAUUGCGAAGCUCGUCACGUCAUCGUUUGUUUGCGCCACAAAGGUGUUUUUGGCAAACAUUUUCGAGUUGUCAAGUGUACGCUUUAUUCUCUCAUCCUGCUUCCCAAAAGUAUUGCAUAUGUCAGUACGUGGUUUGUGA